ACAUCUGCAUAUCUCUUCUUUGAUUUUUGUUUCUCUCUCUAAAAUCUUGAUUUUGAAAAACAUACUUUAAAAUCUUUCUUUUUUGGUUUGAUUAAACAAAAAAAAAAUGCCGUCAAAGGCGGAGCAAGAAUCGUUCCUACCAUCGACGCCGGGGAAAUUGAAGGACAAAUCGCACUCAAUGCACCGGCAGUUCCACCGCUGCUUCACCUCCACCAGCACCAUGUUCCUGUGGGCCCUCUUCCUGGUGGCGCUCACGGCGGCGUACCUCAGCUUCCAGUCCUUCGUCGACUCCGGCAGCAAGUACUUCCACACCGCCUGGGGCGGUAUCCAGUGGGAGAAGCAGGUCCGCUCCUCCGCCCAGAUCCGCCGCCAGGGCGGCUUCUCCGUCCUCGUCACCGGCGCCGCCGGCUUCGUCGGCAGCCACGUGUCCCUCGCCCUCAAGAAACGCGGCGACGGCGUCGUCGGCCUCGACAACUUCAACGACUACUACGACCCCUCCCUGAAGAAGUCCCGGAAGAACCUCCUCAGCUCUCAGGGCGUGUUCGUCGUCGACGGCGAUAUCAACGACGCGCGGCUGCUGGCGAAGCUCUUCGAGAUCGCGCCGCUCAGCCACGUCAUGCACCUGGCGGCGCAGGCCGGCGUCCGCUACGCCAUGGAGAACCCACACUCGUACGUCCACAGCAACAUCGCGGGCCUCGUCACGCUUCUCGAGGCAUGCAAGAAAGCCGACCCGCAACCCGCCGUCGUGUGGGCCAGCUCCAGCUCGGUAUACGGGUUAAACGAAAAGGCCCCAUUUUCCGAGUCGGACCGAACCGACCGACCCGCCUCACUCUACGCCGCCACAAAAAAAGCCGGCGAGGAAAUCACCCACACCUACAACCACAUCUACGGGCUCUCCAUAACCGGGCUGAGAUUCUUCACCGUCUACGGGCCAUGGGGCCGGCCCGACAUGGCCUACUUCUCCUUCACCCGGAACAUCCUCCAAGGUAAACCGAUCACAAUAUACCGGGGCAAGAACCGGGUCGAACUCGCCCGGGACUUCACUUACAUCGACGACAUUGUCAAAGGCUGCGUGGCGUCACUUGACACGUCAAAGAAGAGCACCGGGUCGGGCGGGAAGAAACGGGGCCCGGCCCAAUUCCGGAUCUUCAAUCUGGGUAACACCUCACCCGUAACGGUACCCAUGAUGGUCAGCUUAUUGGAAAAGCACUUAAAAGUAAAAGCGAAAAAGCACUUUUUGGAAAUGCCCGGAAACGGCGACGUUCCGUUCACACACGCGAAUAUCAGUUCGGCCCAGAUCGAAUUAGGGUAUAAACCGACAACCGAUUUGCAAACCGGGUUGAGGAAGUUUGUUAGAUGGUACUUAUCUUAUUAUGGCUACAAUCACGGCAAGUCUUUAAAAUGAUUUUAAUUUUCAUUUUUUUUUUUUUUUUUUUUAAAUAUUUUUUUCUUUAAUUUUUAGUGGUUAAUUCAUAAUUGUGUUGAUUAAAUAUCAAGGGAUAAAGGAUGGGAAAAAAAAAGAGAGGUGAAAGUAUAUUCCUUUUCUUGAGGAUAAGAAAUCUGCUUCCUAUCUUCAAUUUACGGUUAUAUGCUGUCAUUUUUGCCCAAAUGACUUUUUUGUCCCUGUGUAUAUGUAUUUUCCAAAACGACGUCGAUUUGUAUCUGUAAUUUUACCACAUGAAUACUAUACCGUUUUUUCAAUUUUA